AAAGAAUCAUUGAGUGCAAGUAAUCAACAAGAUACUCUGUUUACCAACUGCAUCCAAUAAUUGACCUUUUUAUCAUUGUUAAUGUCUCCUCUGUUUCUUUUUUUUGACAAAUUCAUUCACCAACCUCUCACAAUGGCUUCUCCUGAUUCUCCUCUAUUGAUGAAGCUCCUGUUCGUAUUCAUCUGUUUAUCAACUUUUACUGUCACUAACGUGAGCUCGGAAACACAGUGCCGGCAAUUCAAAUCGAUCAUCAGUUUCGGAGAUUCGAUCGCAGACACUGGAAACUUGCUCGGGCUCUCAGAUCCUAACGAACUUCCUCACGUGGCGUUUCCACCGUAUGGAGAGACCUUCUUCCACCAUCCCACUGGUCGUUUCUCAAACGGUCGCCUCAUUAUAGACUUCAUCGCUGAUUUCUUGGGUUUACCGCUUGUGCCUCCAUUUUAUGGAUCUCAAAAUGCAAACUUUGAGAAAGGUGUUAACUUUGCGGUAGCGGGAGCAACAGCACUGGAACGCUCUUUUCUUGAAAAGAAAGGAAUUCUUUUUCCUCACACCAAUGUCAGUCUAGGCGUUCAGAUUAGUAGCUUCAAAGAGAGUUUGCCUAAACUAUGUGGCUCUCCUUCAGACUGCAGAGAUAUGAUAGAAAAUGCUUUGAUUCUCAUGGGAGAAAUUGGAGGGAAUGAUUAUAAUUACGCAUUCUUCGUGAACAAAAGCAUUGAAGAGAUCAAGGAGUUGAUACCCCUGGUUAUCACUACUAUCUCUUCUGCAAUCACGGAGCUGAUCGGUAUGGGGGGCAGAACAAUUCUGGUGCCCGGAGAUUUCCCACUCGGAUGCUCAGCAACCUAUUUAUAUGAUCCUUUGACAGGAUGUUUGACAUGGCUGAACAAGUAUGGGAAAAACCACGGCGAGCAGCUUCGAGUGGAACUCAACAGACUCCAGAAGUUGUACCCUCAUGUCAACAUCAUAUACGCUGACUACUACAACGCUCUCUUGCGCAUUUACCAAGAUCCAACCAAAUUCGGAUUCAUGAAAAGACCCUUGUCCGCGUGCUGCGGCGUAGGAGGACCUUACAACUUUACCCCAGUUCCUCCUUUCGAUUGGUCUUGCCUCAGCUCGGAAAUAAAGGACAAUGGAAAACUGACACGCACAAUUAUUUGAUGAACAACUUAUAUAAGUUGGGCAAAAAUUUGAGAGAAGGAUACUUAUAAUGUCCAUGCAUGUAUGUUCUUUGGUGCUUAUAUAAGAACAAUUAUUAUCCAUGUAUGUUCUUUGGUGCUUUUCUUGGAUCGUGUCCAUGCAUUUGUAUUUGAAAACUUGUAAUGGUGCUGUGUUAGAUAAACUAGGAUAAUUAAGACCCUCAGUCUGCCGCGGAAUUAUAUUUCUGAACUAUGUAUAGAUUUCAAUUGUUUUUA